AUUCGUUCAGGUUUCGUGCAUUGGGAAUUGUCCUCUUUCUAUCCUCCUACGACUUCCACCAGAGAAAAAAACUCACGAAAAAACCCCUGUCGGUCCUGCUUGUUCUUCUUCUUGUUUAUGUUGUUAAGAUUAAAGAUUAAAGAUUAAAGCUUCGAAAUUAAGUCUUCCAAUUCGAUACGUUAAUUUCCAUAUGCAUAGGGGAUUCAAUUAGCGGCUAAGAGGGGUAUCUAUUUUUGAAUUGCGGUGAAAUUGCUUGUUGAAUUUAGGAAUUAGCUUCUUGGUGGUGUGGUUGCAUGGCCAGCGUUGAGGGUAGGGUCUCGUAUUCCACGCUUUCAAAACUAGAAAAGGAGAAUAAUAACGCGUAUCAAUUUGAUGAUGAUUAUAAUGAUUCUGUUUGGCCUGUGCCAGAAGACAAAAGUAUUGUCCCAUUAGGCUCGAAGUCAAUGAAAAGAGAUCACUUUUAUCAGUUUCCAGCUGAAUCUGAGGAUGUUAUUGAUGGAGGUUAUGAUUCUGGUGAUGAUGUCUAUAAAUCAAUGCGGAAUGGCUUGCAUCCAGAUGUGAACUUGAAGAAUGUGUUGAGUGGGUUAUUUGCAAUUGUAACUGGGCGUAAUAAAGGCCCCACGAGUGUUUCUUUGAAUCAGCAUUACCAAAGUUCUAAUGUCUCAUUUUUGGGGUCUGGAAAGAAUGGAGAUACCUAUCUGCACUCCUCGGUUUAUAUACCGAGUGCACCACCACUUCUGGAGCCAAGUGGGAUAAAUUAUAAUGCAUAUAAAGAGGUGUUGGAAGCUGAGCCUCCAGAGUGGCUUCCUGAUAGUUCUACCACGGUUUGCAUGCAGUGUGAUGCUCCCUUUACUGCAAUUACAUGUGGCAGACAUCAUUGCCGGUUUUGUGGAAGGAUUUUCUGCAGAACAUGUUCUAAGGGAAGGUGCUUGCUUCCUGUUAAAUUUAGAGAAAGAAAUCCCCAGAGGGUGUGUGAUUCUUGCUAUGAUAGGCUUGACCCAUUGCAGGGUGUUCUUAUUAAUACCAUUAGCAACGCUGUGCAAGUAGCAAAACAUGAUGUCAUGGAUUGGACGUGCACUCGAGGUUGGUUGAAUUUGCCUGUUGGUUUGUCCAUGGAACAUGAGAUCUACAAAGCAUCCAAUACCUUGAGAAGCUAUUGCCAGGUUGCUAGGUUGAAUCCAGAGAGAUCUAUACCAUUGGCAGUUCUGAAAGGAGCCAAAGGCUUAGCUAUUUUAACUGUUGUUAAAGCUGGAGUUCUUGUUGCAUACAAACUUGGGACUGGUCUUGUUACUGCACGAAGGUCAGAUGGAACAUGGUCUGCCCCAUCAGCUAUAUUCUCUGUUGGUUUAGGAUGGGGUGCUCAGAUUGGGGGUGAGGUCAUGGAUUUGAUAAUUGUGCUUCAUGAUUCGAAAGCUGUGAAGACAUUUUGUAGUCGAAUGCAUUUUUCUCUUGGUGCUGGAUGCAGUGCUGCUGCAGGACCUGUAGGGAGAGUGCUGGAAGCUGAUCUUCGGGCAGGGGAUCGAGGCUCUGGCAUGUGUUACACUUACAGUUGUAGCAAAGGGGCAUUUGUUGGUGUGUCAUUGGAAGGGAACAUUGUUGCAACAAGAAUGGAUACCAACCUACGGUUCUAUGGUGAUCCUUAUCUCACCACUGCUGACAUACUGCUUGGGACAGUGGACAGACCAAAGGCUGCUGAGCCCUUGUAUGUUGCUCUGGAUGACCUCUACUCUAGCCUACAUUAUUAGUUUAACACCAUUUGGGUAUAGUAACUUGCUGCAGCUUGUGAAACAAGCAACAACUUGACUACUUGGUGCAGUUCCUGCCCUGGAAGAUCAGUGAUUGUACAGCAUGAAGUUGCCUUUCAUAGUUAUGUGGAUAUGGAUGAAGGAAUAUUGUUUCAUGGACAAAAAGCUUUUAUUCUCUCCCUUUUCCAUUUCACAAGCCUAAUUUCGCAUUGGAUCAAAUGUGCAUCUACAUUUGUCAAACAAACCGGUCAAUUACGAUGUAAAUAUUCAUAUUCUUACUUGUGUAUAUUCUGUUUGGACAAAUGUGAUGGCUUUGGGUACUUUGGGCUUGUGUGCUUGAUUCAAUAAUAUGUUUGGUGAGAAAGGGAGCAAAGUUUAGCUGCCUAUCUUUAUUUUCCGUA